GGCGGACUCCAGGGCGACGUUGAGGCGAACGCGGAAGUGGCGGCGCCUGAGGAGGCGAAGCGGCGGAGGGCGGAGAGGUGAGGCGAGAGGGCGCCGCUCCGCCGGCCUGGCCGGCCUGCCUGCCCGAUGGUGGGCUUCGGGGCCAACCGGAGGGGCGGGCGGCUGCCGCCGUUGCUGCUGGCGGCGCUGCUGCUGGCGCUGGCCGUGCUGGCCUUCAACUGCUGGCGGACGGCGGCCCGGCGCGCGGCCCUGCAGGAGGAGCUGGCGGAGCUGCAGGGCCAGGCCAAGCGCGGCGACGUGGCCCGCGGGCGCCUCGAGAAGCGCAACUCGGAGCUCCUGCUGCAGGCCGAGGCCCACAAGAGCCAGCUGGAGCAGAAGGAGGCCGACCGCAGCCACCUCAGCGGGCAGCUGCAGGCCCGCGACGCCCAGGCCAGGAGGUGCGAGGAGAGCAAGGUCAAGCUUCAGAGCAACAUAUCCUACCAAAUGGCAGACAUACAUCGCUUGAAGGAACAACUUGCAGAGUUACGUCAGGAAUUCAUCCGUCAAGAGGACCAACUUCAUGAAUACAAGAACAACAAUACACAGCUUGUCAAAAGACUGGAGUAUGAAAGUUUUCAGUGUGGACAGCAGAUCAAAGAACUGAGGUUGCAGCAUGAAGAAAAUAUGAAAAAAUUAGAGGACCAUGUUUUGCAAGACCAAAAGGCUGUGCGCAGGAGCCCGUCCAGCAGACACGUGGAGGCAGACCUGAGCAAUGCUGCUGUGGUAUUGAAGACAACGCAAGAGCUGGAUGAAAGGGAUGCUGUGAAGAAUGAAGAGCCUUCAGUAAACAAUGUCUCUGACGGCAAAGAGAAAAUUAAACCAGGAGAUGAUGCUGGCAUGCCUGGGAUAGAAGAGAAUGACCCUGCUAAAGCUGAAGAUGGCCUCGCUGCUUUGAAGAAGCCACUCGUUUCAACUUUUCAAAAGGAACGACACCAAGGCAAUGUGAAUCUUCCCACAGAACAACCUCAUGCUUCUAAUCUGGCUCAAGGUGCAGCUGUUAACCGUGAUGGAAAUGCUGAUGCCAUGAUAAAGCAGAUCCCCUCGAACUCUCUUCAGCACUUAAUGGCUGACCAUGUUGUGGAUAGUCAGAAAGCUGAUAAAGACGUCGCAAAACAAGCUUCAAAGGACCGAGUCAGUGACUUCCAGAGGAUGAAGCAAAGCCGGUUCUUUGAUGAGAACGAGUCCCCAGUGGAUCCGCAGCACGGCUCCAAACUGGCGGAUUAUAAUGGGGAUGAUGGGAACGUGGGUGAGUACGAGGCAGACAAGCAGGCCGAGCUGGCUUACAAUGAGGAAGAGGAUGGUGAUGGUGGUGAAGAAGACGUCCAAGAUGAUGAAGAGAGAGACCUUCAGAUGGAUCUCGCAGACUACGGGAAGCAACAUUUCAACAAUGCCCUUUAAAUCUCCAAAUGGCCUUCGGCUGAGAGUCCUGCAAUAGAAAGGAACUGAAUUAAUUCUUCCUAGUAGUUACUGUAGAAGACACUGGAAAUAGUAGCAGCAAGCAUAACGUUACGGGAUGGAAGGAAACGAUAGAAUUCUGUAUAUAUGUAUAGUUGUAUUUUUUGCAAAUUGUAUUAUUAGAAACGGUUUCUUCUACAGCAAGACAAUUAAAAACUCCAGUGCUAUGGAAAAUCAAGUGCCCCUUAAGCCAGUGGAAGUCCAUAAGCUUUGGCCUGUCCAACUCAGGGGUGUCCAACUCCGGCGCUUCAGAUGUUCAUGGACUACAAUUCCCAUCAACCAUGCCAGCAGGGGAUGAUGGGAAUUGUUGUCCAUGAACAUCUGAAGCGCCAGAGUUGGAUACCCCUGGUUUAACUAAACAGGGUCAAGUUGAGAGACUGUCGCUUCCUCAUACCCCUUAAGUUAACAACUGACAUUUUAAAACAACUUAGGCUAACAGUGUUGAUGAAAAUAAGCAACUUUGUAAACUGAAAAACUUGUACAGUUUGUAUCUGACAUAUUAAUGACUUCAGUGCAGAAACGAGUGUACAGGAGGGACACCUUUUGAUACAGCAAUGUGUGAGUCCAUGCAAGCAAAUCAUUUCGUUUCUCUUGCUGUCGUGGUUUGUAUUUUACAUUACAUUUGGAAGUUGAUUGAAAAUGUGUUCUAUGUAUUUUUAAAGAUUCUUUCCUGAAUAUAUGAAGAAAGAUCUAUGUGACAGUGCAACAUAGUACAUUAAUCCUAUGUAAAGUAAUAUAGGUGAGUAAUUAAAAUGAUCCAUAGGGCAUUUGGCGAUAGUUUAGGUAUUUUUUACAGAAUAUGUGCCAGAGUUUAAAUUGGUUGUGUUCCAGCCAGUGUUUCCAGCACACAAGACUCUUUUGCCUCUGCUUGUGCAAGCAGUGGUUUUAGGCGUAAGCAAAAGGCAAACCUGUUGCCGUGAUUAAAAGUACAACUUUUGUCAAUUCUAAAUUUAUUCCUGUCUGCCCCACCUGCUUUGUAUUUGCCUGUCAGGUGAUGUUCAGCGUUGUUGCCCCUCCGGUGCUGUUGAAGGGAUUGCUCAUCGCAUUGGGCAUGUUCUCGUGGCAUUGUGUUUUUUGUCUUCUGAGUGUAAGGGGUGUGUGUGUGUGUGUCAUGGAUGGUUUAAAGCACUUUCUGAAGUUUGCAGAUAUGGUUAUGGCCACUUACGUCACACUCUUGAGUAUCAGGUUAUUAACCCUAACUAGUUAUCAACAAGGGCUACUGUGAAUAGAACUUCUAGGUCCUGUGACAGGGUUGAUUGUACUUCACUAUUUAUGUACUCAGGUUAAAUUUCACCUUAGUCAGGUAAGGUUCAUUUAUGAUCAUUUUAAUGGAUAACUUGCAGUAAAUGAAAAGGAGAAAUCAAUUGUUCAUGUACAUAUAUAGAGAGAAUGACCAUUCCUUUUUGUUUUAUUUCCAUGACACAAAUCUGUUUAUAUUUUGCACAGAGGUUUAAGGCUAGACCUGUUUAGAGGUGUUUUUCCCCCUAACACCGUUAUGUUCCUUCGUCUUUAGUAAUGUACUUUGUUGGCUUACCGAGAUACUUUUGCCCCAAGUUGGCUGUAUUUUAAGAAGAUUCUACCACUGAAAUUCAAAAUUUAUUAAAUUCUAAUAAAACUUUAACAUUUUA